CAGCAGUGACAGCAGGUUCAAUUUUUGCGUAUUUUGUGGGUCGCCAUGGUAAGAGUCCGUGGAGCUGAAGCCCUCACAGGCUUCCUGAUCCUGCUUCCUGCAUGGGCAUCUCUGAGAGGAGCAGAGCUGAACAACGAGACGCAGCGAGCGUCACCAGUGAAGCCAGUGCCCUCAAAGAUCACUGGAUGUCCAGCAGCAUAUAUGGACUGUGGCACCUGCCGAUGCGCCCCUGCAACUGCUUGUGAGACGGGUUGCGGCAACACAGCAGUUCCAGCACGCCUUCCAACAUCUCCAACAUCUCCAGCAAAUGAUAGCAUCUCUACAGUGCCGUCCCGGAUCCCUGGCUGCCCAGUUGGAUAUGUGGACUGCGGAAGCUGUCUGUGCACACCACCAACGAGUUGCCCAACUUUCUGCGGACUUUCUCCGAGUCCCCCAGUCCUGCCUCCAGUUUGGCCGGGCCUGCCAUUUGGCAAUGGCUCCAACCUGACCAAUGGAACCAACGGAACCAAUUUGACGAUUGUCAUCAACGUGACCAAUGCGACCAACGUGACCAAUAUAACCAAUAUAACCAAUGUAACGGUUCCGCAGCUGAUUUCCAGACCUUCCCAGGUGCCAUACUGUCCUCAAAGCUAUGUUGACUGUGGCUCAUGUGUUUGUGUGCCAUUGAGCACAUGCUACUACUGUCCUGGAGCCUGGUCUCCAGCCCCAGGCCUCCCAACAACCCCUGCCCUGCCAGCACCAGCCCCUGCUCCACCAGCUGUGGUUCCACGACCUUCCCAAGUGCCAGGAUGCCCUGCCAACUACUACGAUUGUGGCACGUGCCAGUGCGUUCCACACAGCACCUGCCAGUGGUGUCCAGCUGGAGGGUUUCCAGUCCCAGUGCGCCCACCGUCGCCACCAACUACAGCUCCAGUGCCAUCGAGGAUACCUGGCUGCCCGGCGAAUUACUACGACUGCGGGACCUGCCAAUGUGUUCCUCACAGCACCUGCCAGUGGUGCCCUGGCAGUUCGGUACCAGCACCAGCGCCAGUGCCACUGCCAGCACCAGUGCCGAGCCCAUCACCAGGCAGUCCAGUGCCUUCCAGAACGCCUGGCUGCCCUGCCAACUACUAUGACUGUGGCUACUGCGUAUGUGUGCCUCGUGGCACUUGUCAGUGGUGUGGCGGAUUUUCUUUUGUUGCUGUAGAAUCUGUAGAGGAGGCAAACCACUCAGAUGAUCGCACACUGCGAAUCUAGGUGGCUCCAUUGUUUCUUUAGACCCAAUCCGAAUCUGCAGCAAGUGUCACUUGCAUGUAAAGCUAGCAAGUUGAAAGAGAGCAAUAUACAGUCUACAACAUAAUUUGACGUGCACCUGGACAAAUAUGGCAACUGGUUGCUUGGAAGCAUGAACAGAUUAAAAAAAGCUUUUUGUCCUUGGCCCAACCAUGUUUUGAAGGGAAGCAGUUCCAAGAACCAGCUGGUUGAACAAAAUCCUUUUGCCUUCGUCGCAUAGGCGGCUUGUUUUUAUUCAACCGGCCUUGGUCCAGACAUGGACGUCGCAAAGUGGCGCCUGCAAGAGUCAGGUUGCGUCUCUGAAAGUCCUGGACAAAA